GAAAAAGUUCGAACAAUAUCAAGUCAAAACUCGGCUACAAUCAAUUGUGAUUCUUGAUUGAUACGAAGCAAACUCUGUAAUUGAUAAAUAUUAUAUACACGCACAUGAGUAACAAGUUAGAUUAUCACAUGUACAUGAGUAUGUAACAAAAAAAAAAAAGUAUGAACCAAUUUCAUUUCCACACACUAUUAGCUAGCUAAUUAGAUUGGUAUCUGUCUUCGACUUCGAUUGUAGAGGAUGGUAACAAUAUCGGCCGAGAAACACUCAACUUUCAAAUCAACCUUAUACCAUUUCUAAACAAUCAAACGGUUUGAGGUCGGCAUCAGUCGUCUUUUGACCAAUGCCAUGCAUAAAAAUUGAGGUUGUACUAUAUAUAAUGAUAAUGUCAAAGCUAUAAAAAAAGGAUAAUAUGGAAUUGUUGUUGGCAAUUAAUAUGUUAAUUUGUAUCCAUAAUUUAGCUUAGAAGAUAGCUAGAACAUCAUACAACAACAAUCUGGAUUGUUAUAGAUAGUGUACACUUUCGAUAAUUUGUAUCUAUAAUUUGUAUCCUAUGUUUCUCAUACGUUCAACAUAUUCUAACUAGGUUCGAUCUCAAAUUAGACCAAACCAUGACCUAACCCUAACAGACACUGGCAGUGCACACCUUAGCUUAGAAGGUAGAACGCGUACAACAACAAUGUGGAUUGUUAUUUGAAACAAUGAAAACCCCACAUGCUACGUGUAUGUAUCUAUGGACUUCUAUCAUGCACUACUUUUUUCUUUAUAUACAUUUAGUUUGAAUUAAUGGUUAGCACAAAGCUAUGCACUACUUCUAUUCUAUAUACCGUUCAUUUCUCUACUUGCAUCAAAACAGAUGUAACGUUAUACACAAAGCAAUCGAGAAGCCAACUAGCAAAUUAGGAAAAGAGGAGUUGCUUUCAUUUCAUUUCAUUUCAUUUCAACGGGGACAUUUACCUAAUUUCUGUCAUGAAAACAAUAGGUUAUUUACUUCCUUCUUCCUUCUACUUGGGAUUGGGAUAAUUUAGGAGAUCGAUUAUUUCACAACAAGUUCACUUUGUAGUUGGCUCUGUAAAUUCAUUCACCAUGCCCAAUGUCUAUUCCUAUUUGCAUGAAAAGUUUGAUUAAUGUGGUUUAGGUCUGUGACUCUGACCAUUCAUUCAUUCUCACCAGAGUUAGGCAAUGAGUUGGGUGGCUUCAGUUAAUGUUCUCAACCUAACACAUAAGCAAUAGUAUAGGAUUCUAGUAAAGUUGACGAUUGUAGUUCUAUAUAUACCCGGUGGUAGCUAUAGCUAACAAUCAUCGUCCUCUGUUUCGAGCAUCCAAUCCCCUGUUUCUAGCAUCCAACCACCUCUCCACAACACUAGUCCGUUUCAUCUCUCUCACUCAAUCAGAAGCUGCAAAUCCCCUGUUUUCCCCAUUUCCUCUCCUCGAUCGGAAAAAUAUCACCGUGGGUUUCCUUUCAACUUACCUGCUGUCUGAUUCCAUUCCUCUUUCUUGAAAUUCACCUCCCUCUGACCUCACCACAACUUCUCAAGGGGCUGUGGGUUUUCGGGCGAUAUACAAUUUUGGGUGAUUCGUUGUCUGACGCCGGAGAUGCCCUUGUUCAGUUCGAUUUCGGUGGAUUCGGCAAGUACCCCUGCGGGAUGACCGUCGGGAAGCCAACCGGAAGAUUCUCCGAUGGGUUGCUUCUGAUCGACAGAAUCGCUGGGUCGGCCGGUUGGCUUCCCGACGGUCAUCCCGUAGGGGUACUUGCCGUUCCCUCCGAAAUCGAACUGGAUAAGUGCAUUUCCGGUGUCAGACAACGACUCACCGAAAUUGUAUAUUUCCGAAAACCCACAGCCCUUGAGAAGUUGUGGCGAGGUCAAAGGGAGGUGAAUUGCAGGAAGGAGGAAUGGAAUGAGACAGCAGGUAAAGAGGAAGGAAACCGGCGGCGACAUUUCCCGAUCGAGAAGAGGAAAUGGGGAAACAUGGGAUUGGCAGGCUACUGAUUGAGUGAGAGAGAUGAAACGGACUAGUGCUGUAGAGAGGUGGUUUGAUGCUCGAAACAGGGGAUUGGAUGCUCGAAACAGGGGAUGAUUGUUAGCUAAUAUAUAUAGAAGUAUAGAAUUUAUACACAUGUCAACUUCACUAGAAUCACCAUACAGAUCAGGGAUGGGAUUAGGUGCUAAUCCUUAUAGGGGUUAGCACCGUAAUAACUAGCAAGAAACGUUACUAAAAAUAACGAAAUCACUACGGAUUAUUAUAAAAUCAAUACAAUAUCUAAGCUAAAUCACUACUAAUUCAAACUAGUAGUAGUUUUUCCUUUGGUUAGGACGGUGCUAACUAUUGUACAAUUAGCACCGUAGCCGUUCUCGAUCAGAUCACAAAGUGUUUGCUUACGUUUUAGGUUGAGAACAUUAAUUCAAGCCACCCAAAUCAUUACCCAACCAUGGGUGAGAAUGAAGGAAUAAAGGGUUCCAAUUCGCCAAAAAUGCGGUUCAGUUGUAUAGUUUGGUGGAUAAUCUGUAUGUUAGUAUUAAUUAUGUGUCAUUAAUCCUCUUUCAUGUUACCAAAUUUAACAUGAUUUUCUAGAUCACAAAUCAUGUGAUGUAUCUGUCUGAAUUUUAUUUCGUAAUCGAAGUUGAAAUGAAAUUAAUUGAUCAAUCAACAAUUUAGAAAUCGUAUAUGUAACACAACGCCGUUGUCGGCUUCACAGACACAAGGACACUAAUUACCAUAAAGACGAGCAUCGCUACUACUGCUAAAGGUGACCGCUUCGCCAUUCUUACACUCCGUCCUUUUGUCAAGAACUAUAUAUUGGUUGAUAUCCUUGUACAAGAGCUAAAUAUUUAUAAUCAAAUCGUUUAUCUCGACUAAUGUUUUCUCUUUGAAACUUAAUCAAUUCAUAAUACAAGUUAAUAGUGUUCAACUUUAGAUGUUAGACUAAUUAAGUGUCAAUAAUUCUCUUUCAUGUUACCAAAUGUGUCUAAUAAAACCAUACAUACGUUGUUAAAGCAAGUAGUUUUUGGAAUAACCGAAUGAAAAAUAAUUAUGUUUUGUAAGGGAGAUUACAUUAGUUCUAUUUUACCCAUCAAUAUAUAUAUCUCUUCUUCAUUUACCCAACCACCGCCGUUCAUCAUCAUCUUCAAUGGAGGUUUUGCAUAUGCCGACUACCGGUAAGCAAUGGAAGCAAUAUCUUGGCUCUUAGUCGAAAAUUAGUGACCCCUAUUAUAGACCCUCCUAUUUGGAAAAGAACUUGGACACUUGAUGUCCCACCAAAACUCAAAUUCUUUCUAUGGCAAUGUUUAAAAGUAAUUUUGCCAAUUAUGGUGGCUCUUAGAUCCCGGGGAAUUAACUGCCCUAUUCGUUGUCCAGUCGUUGGGAUAGCUAUUAGCAAAGAGAGUAUCGAACAUCUCUUUUUCCAUUGUCCUCUUGCUCUCAUCUCUGGACUAUGGUGGGAUUAAGUAGUUUACUUCACUCCGCCCCAACUGAAAAUUUUGGUAUCUGGUGGCGAUAUGUUUUGAUUUCAGAAAACUUUCAAAUCCACUAUCUCCCCUGCAUUUGUCUUCUCUGGAGAAUUUGGAAAUCUAGAAAUAAAGUUUUAUUUGAAUU